UACACAAUAUAUACUCCUCGCAUAGCGCGCAUUCUUCGAGUGCCUUUCAAGCCGAAGCGAAAACGAAAAAAACCGCGGGUUUUCAAUGUCGUCUGCAAUGAAAGGAAGCUCGUUUGUGGACACACGGAUAUACUGUAUAGGAUAUGUGGAUACACAACUUACAUUUUGAAAGGAUUUUCAUGGUUUUCAAAGCACUACUACGCAUUUUGGGAAUAAAGUUAGUAAAUUCAGAUGAGAAGUACCAGUUUUGGGGUUGAAACGACACUAUUUAUCACCAACCAAUUUGCACACGGCUAUUGACUUACAGCGCAUACUCAGUAUUAGGAAGGAUAACAAGGAGAAGUGAGGGAAGUCUGGCGACGAGAUUUAUCAGCAUGUGCCUCUACAACCUUUUUGGAUUCCUUAGAUGAGACAAACUCUUCCAGAAGCUACGGCCUUCAGCUACACGGUCCAGAACCAAACACAUUAACGCCUUACCGCAGUAGCCAACAUGCAGAACAACGGGUCGGACCCUGUUAUAGAUCCCGAUGCCGGUUGCGAUGACAUGUUCUUGCCGCAGCACUCGGUCUACCAACUCGGAUCGUUCAUACUCUUCAAUGGGUUCCUGGUACCGCCGAACGUUGGUAUAGCCCAGGCCCUGUGGCUCAGAUCGGCUUUGGUGAUUGGUGGGUUCUGCUACGUACUCUGGUCCGGAGCCGUUCUAUGUUGGCCCGAUGCUUUCGGCUGGAACAUGGCAUCGUUGUUGAUCAACCUAGCUCACCUUCUGUACCUUAUCUACCUCGUGUACCCGACUAACUUUGAAGAAGAGAUCGAGAAGGUGUAUGAAACCCACUUUAAACCGUUCAAUAUUACCAAGAAAGAAUUUAAGAAGAUUUUAGACUGCGACGGAGAAAUUUAUGAGCUAGAUGCAACCGGACGGUACGCGAUGGAGAACAAAUCGAGAACAGAUAGACAGAUAGCCAUGCUUCUAACAGGAAGAAUGAUCGUUUCCGCUGGAGGCCAAUUUCUGCACUAUAUCCAUCCAACGCAGUUCCUGGAUUCCCCCGAAUGGGAGGCUAGCAGCGAUGGAACAAAGAGUAAAUUUCAGGUGACGAUCACGGCAGACGUCGACUGCCGGUACAUCCAGUGGCGACGUCGCAAGCUUGAGAACUUCCUCCGCCGCGAGCCCUUCCUUCGAUCCGUCUUCGAGACGACCAUCGGGAAGGACAUCACCAAGAAGCUCUACGGCAUCGAUGAGCCCAUGGAACAACCCAUAACACCAGCACGCAUUGACAAGGAAGCCGUCGAAGCCAGCGAGAAUGACGUCGCCCAAUCUUCCGGUGCUGACCCAGUCCUCGAGACGGGCGACAACGACUCCCAGGAGCUACUUCAACACAAAUGGGAGAGGGUAAUAUCCGAAGACGACGACUCCAGCACCCAUCAGCACCCAGGUCAGGUCAGGGAAGGUGCAGGGCUAGGAAGUGGAGGGCCGGGUGGACCAUUGCAGGGGCGUCUCAGCAUCCCCGCUAGCCAUGACGGCACGAGUUCCGACGUCAGCGUCAAGUCCGCCCGGUCGAUCGUCGAUAUACGGGCCAGUAUAGCUUCGGGGAGAGGGGCGGCCGACUUCGGGUCGAGGCGAUCGCAGCGGUUAGGAAGUUCACCCGAUGCGCAGUCCGGAGGAGAUGGGUCAUGGUGGCCAUUCUUCUGAGGGUCUGUCGAGGAUCGUCACCCCCGGGUGACUCCUAAGUCUCAUCCUCCAACAGUGGUGAAUUGAUCGUUUGAUCAGCGCGAGAGUACGCGGUCCGUCCGACCUCUUGAAGACGCAGGAAACUCAUAACUUAUGAAUGUCAUGAUGCCAUAUCCGGGGGGUUUUGUUCAGGAGACGCUGUCGACUUGGGCAAUCACUCUAAUAAAAGGGGGUUCAACUUUUUAACUUUAACCACUGUCACAGGGGGAGUGAUUGGAACAAGUCGAGUACUAUUGAAAUGUGUUUUUUUUGUAAUAGAGGCUAAAAUGAGAGUUGAAAUUCGGUAUAAGGAAAAGUGUUAGGAGUAAAGAAUUUAUCAUUUUUACAAAGAUGAGGAAAAUAUUUUUGUUUGCUUCUCUCUUUCGCCACUUAUUGAAAAACUUUCGCUAUAACCCAUGUUGUGCCACAACUCCCCCCCCCCCUUGGAAGAAAUCUUGCGUUCAGCUUUAACAUGUCAUUCUUUUAUUGCAUUAAAGAAAGUGUGAUUAUAUAUGAAUGUUUGCAGUGAAAAAAAAAUCCUUUUCAGGCCGUUUGGUAAUGUUAAUUGGCAGUUUCU